AUGCAUACUCAUGAAAAUGGGCUGGUUGCAGACAAUAUUCCCGAGCCAUCAAGGUCGGGAUUUCGACAACUGGAACUGAAAGACCCGCAGGCAAGCGAGCCAACAACUGACAGGAUAACAUCCAAAGCACGAGUAAGGUCAAAGAAUCGAAAGUUGGUGUGUAAAUAUCAACGAGGUUCGGGGGGCAUUCGACGUAUAUAUAGUGUGCUACAUACCCGUACUAAAGAAGUCUCAAUUUUGUUGGUCAAAAGAAAGCCAUGUUCUGGGGUGAUCGUUCAACAGUACUUUUUACUGUCCGCACACACUCUUGAGAAAGCGAAGUUACAAGCAAAUGAUCUUGCAUGGCUUCAGUAUCGCGAACAUGAACGGCCUUUCGUUCCGGUUAUAGAUGAAACUAUCCCGUACAAAACUGUUUCAAUAAGCCUGGCGGCGCGACAAUAUCUUUGUAUGGAUACUGAUAAGAAAGCUCGCUUGAUGAGAAAGCCUAUUCCACUGGCAGAUGAGAUUUACUUGUGUCCAACGGGUACCACGGAAAACCUUAGCGGCCGUUUACUUCAUGACUUCGUCAAUCCGUAUUUCACCCGCUGUACUAGGUUGAUUAAUGUCCAUGAUCAUAUCUUUAUCUCCUCAGGUGCGUGUGAUAUCGAGUUCAAAGUUCUUUCAAUAAAACCUUUAGAGUAUGGGUUCGUUACACAGAAGACAAAUAUUGUACUCUCGGGACUGCGACCAUACCGUGACCUUGAUAUGUUGGAGAGCCUGUCGGACUACGCACGAGAACUACAAAAAGAGCUUGAUUACGUAUAUUCGUCAAACUAUGCCAGUUCAAUUGCUAGAAUCUCCUUUCAGUUUGGAAGACUUAUUGAUCAAUUGGAAGCAUUGGACCUUCCCCCAAUGUAUUGA